GUCGGUUCAGCGAGACAGAACACUUCUUCCCCAAUUUGAAAGAGCAGCAGUGGCCGAUGAUCCCAGCAGCAGCGAGCGACGACCGGUGAUUCUCGAGCUCCGGCGAGUGCUCCUCCUUCUUCCCAAGAAUACUUCAUCUCCAUCCUCUUCAACACUCAUCUUCUUUCUUCUAGAAUAUGGAUUUCUCAAGCUUCCCACUCGUGUGUCAUUGGGGAGGGAACUAUAAUGAGAAUGAUGGGAAAAUAUGCCAUGAAGGUGGUAGAACCAGCUUUGUCAUGGUUUCUCGUGGCGCUUGCAUGCUCGAGAUCCUUCAAAAAAUACAUGCAGCCACAAUGAUUCAUCCUAACCGUUCUUUGCGGUUGAAAAUGAAAUUUCCUAUGAACGGGGGAAAGUACAUGCUUAUGCCCCUCAUUGAUGAGCUAGCUAUAACAAAUAUGUGGGGCAUAAUUCAGAUGGAGGAUAUGUCGUCGCUGGAGGUAUACAUUGAGGAAUGCUUUGACGCUAAUGCUACUCAAUCGACAUCAAAUGUUGUUGUAUCUAGGCAUGAUGUCCUUGCAGGGGUGAAUGCAGGGAAGUCGUCAAAGAUUCCAUGCUCUCAUGUAUUAGCCGUGUGUAGACAACGUAGUUUGUCUUAUGCUCCUUUUGUGGAUAAGUUCUUCUCAUCUGACCAAUACGCCGCCACAUAUCAUAGGGUGUUCAAACCGAUUCCUGAUCGUGAUUAUUGGCCAAAUUACAAUGGACCCGAAAUCGUGCACGAUCCAUCCAUGCUUCGGGCAAAGGGAAGACCAAAGUCGACCCGUAUUAAGAAUGAGAUGGAUGAAGGUCCACGAGGAACGGUUAGAUGUGGAAAAUGCCACCAAACCGGCCAUAAUAGAGCGACAUGUGCGAAAAGAUCGUCUAGACAAGAGGGGGGGUCCGCCGG